AUGUCCAGAAGCGGAGUCAAGAGUCUAUUGAUUGUCUCAAUAGUAGUAGUAGUUGUACUCAAUCUACAAUCACUGCCAGUAUGUUGUAAUCAAAUCCAUACGGUUGUAUCCAAUGAACAAAACAUGGAUCAAAUGAAUGGUGAUAUUCCGUGGCGUCAAAUAAAGUUCAUUUCUCCGCAACAAAGUGUGAGUCAAAGUCAAUGGCAUUCAGCCAUUCCUGUCUUCAGUGGCAAAGGGAUGGAUCACUUGUAUCUCAUCACUGAAUAUGUGAUCGAUUUGUUGCAAUCGCCGGGACUUCCGCCUAAUGUGAUCAAAGAUGAACUUUUUGACGAUCCCUUACCUGUUCUCCAAGAAAACAGAGGACGGCACUCGAGACGUGCCAAACAUAGCCGAAGCUAUGCCUCUUCAUCGAAUAGUUCUCCCGGAAGACGAAGAAGUAGUGGACAUAAGAAGAAGCGCUACAAAGUGGACAAUACUGUGAGUCAAAGUCAAUGGCAUUCAGCCAUUCCUGUCUUCAGUGGCAAAGGGAUGGAUCACUUGUAUCUCAUCACUGAAUAUGUGAUCGAUUUGUUGCAAUCGCCGGGACUUCCGCCUAAUGUUAUCAAAGAUGAACUUUUUGACGAUCCCUUACCUGUUCUCCAAGAAAACAGAGGACGGUUAAUAACUCAUUUUUGGGGACUUAUUCUGACGUCAAUACACUCGAGACGUGCCAAACAUAGCCGAAGCUAUGCCUCUUCAUCCUCAAGUAGUUCUCCCGGAAGACGAAGAAGUAGUGGACAUAAGAAGAAGCGCUACAAAGUGGACAAUACGUGCGACCCAUGUGUUCGCAGCUUAAGUGGUGUCAAACUCUUUGUGAUGCUAUUAUUGAUGUCAUUCUUCGUGAUCUGUGCCUUCGUUACCAAUGAGUACAUCCGAUCAGGUGUUCAACAAAUGCCAAAGACUUUCAAUCAAUCGACCGACGAUUUGAUGCUUUAUCUGAAUAACACUCAACACGAGAUCAAUACACUCUUUCGAACAAACUUUGAACAAUUGGAACAGGAAUUGGGUGAUAGUCUCGACAAAAGUGGUCUAAUUGUCAAAAACAGGAUCGCAAUCAUCUCAGAAGCGGCCUCUUUGAACAAUCUGACGGAUAUUGUCUCAAAGUUAGGAUCAGUUUUAGAAGAUCUGAAGACACUUUCGGGCGAAACCACAGAACUUCGGUUAUUGACGGUUCAGUUGCAGGCGAGGCUCACGAGGAUUAAAGAUGAUCUGGAUAACUUUUUGGUGAAAUGCAGAGACAGAGUCUGCACUGAUUUACGAUUCAAAUACAACCGAGUGUUGGACUCAUUUUCAGUGUCCGCUCGUAUUGACGAAUUGCCCGAUUUGUCGCCUUUAAUGCAAAAUAUAUCUCAUUUACUCAGAGCUAAUAUUGAAUUGGGUGAUAGUCUCGACAAAAGUGGUCUAAUUGUCAAAAACAGGAUCGCAAUCAUCUCAGAAGCGGCCUCUUUGAACAAUCUGACGGACAUUGUCUCAAAGUUAGGAUCAGUUUUAGAAGAUCUGAAGACACUUUCGGGCGAAACCACAGAACUUCGGUUAUUGACGGUUCAGUUGCAGGCGAGGCUCACGAGGAUUAAAGAUGAUCUGGAUAACUUUCUGGUGAAAUGCAGAGACAGAGUCUGCACUGAUUUACGAUUCAAAUACAACCGAGUGUUGGACUCAUUUUCAGUGUCCGCUCGUAUCCUGCUUAACGGGCUAAACAGCGGAAAUUACGUUUUAUAUAGAGUAAAUGAGCAAAUCAGAUCUGUGGGCAGAGAUUUGAGUGCCGUUGCAGAUGAUAUCAAUCUAGUGCUGAGACGACCCUUCACUGAUUUGUCUAAAAUCAAGGCCAAUGUCUAUACGGGACAGACAUAUAUUGAGAAAUACGAACCCUACCGAUGGUACGCCUGUUUGGCCGGCGCUUCCAUAUUAUCCCUAAUACUCAUUCUCUAUUCAUUUGGUCUGUUGUGCGGUGUCUGCAACCAACAGCCCACUCGUCAUAACUAUAAAUGGCGCUCAAAAUCAUCGACCCGUCUAUUCCACUGCGGAAUCGUUUUACUCGUAUUACUCUUCUUCCCUCUGCUCUUCUCUACAAUUGUUUUAUUCCUCUUCGGUAGCGUUUCCGACAAAACUGUUUGCUAUUAUUUGGAAAACCUUUCCGACCCUCAAAGCAAACAGAUUGUAGCUAUUCUUCAGAACCGAUUCGAGAGAUUGCAUUACGCGGAGUCUCUGGACGUGAUUCAAGGUCCGAAACCAAACUUCGCUGAUGUUAUCACUCGAUGUCAUCAGAAUCACAGUCUUUACAACGUUUUACAAUUGUAUCGAUACAAUGACAUUCAGCUAAACAAUGGCAGAACUGUUGAGAAUUUUAAUAUCACAGAAAUCUUACAGUUUAAAGAGCGUUAUAAGAUUGAAGACAAAUUGAAUGAAUUCCUGAAUCGAGUGAAUGUGAAUCCAGCGAAUGUGGUUCUACUCACUGCCGAUGGCUAUCAACUGUUGGAGAGUCUAAAGGAGACCUCUUUAGGAACUCUUAAUUUUUCGAGUUAUGCGGAUGUCGUCAAAAACAGCAUCAGUCCCAUUGAUUUGGUUUCCAUCUCCACUGAAUUGGAACGGGAGGCCAAUCGGUUGCCUAAGAAUGACUUCGAGAACAUUGCAAGACUUCGAAACAUAGCCAUGGAUUUGAAAGUUCCCAUCAAUUUGGUCGUCAAAAUCAAAGAAACGAUUGAGGCAUUGACUGCCGGCGCUGAGAAGAUUGAACGCAAAGCCAAUUAUGGGAACAGAGGUCUGAAGGAAGCGCUGACCACUCUAUUAAGACAGGCCGAAGACGCACAGAAAUUCAUCUCAAAUAAAGGUCACCACGAAAUACAUACCGUCGCCAAGCAUUUCAUCAGAGAUAUGAGUUCUCUGGUCGACCAAUACGGACAGCAUGUGGUUGAGGAGGUCCUCCAUAAGAUCGGACGGUGCGAACCCGUGAGUCGUGCUUUCAAUUCAUCGGUUAUGGCGUUGUGUAAGGAAACGGUCCUCCAUAAGAUCGGACGGUGCGAACCCGUGAGUCGUGCUUUCAAUUCAUCGGUUAUGGCGUUGUGUAAGGAAACGGUUCUCCCAUUUAACGGCUACUGGUCUUCAGUGUUGGCGUCUCUCCUCAUAUGUAUUCCUUCGACUCUCUUCGCGUAUAUUCUCGCAAAUCUAUACCAAAAAGUCAAACGUCUGCCCAUUCGUAGAGAAUCAAAAAGCCACAGAGAGGAACCGACUCCCAGCGCACCCCCUAAUAGAGCAGAUGACGACAACUGGUCUCCCGGCUCACUCCCACCUCAUCUCUAUGGCUCUCGACCCCCACCUUAUAAUUUUGUCGUCAAUUAG